UAGUGCGAACAUCCACGGCGGUGCCAUUAAUUGUACUUCCUGGUUUAUCUUUGCUCGGUAGGCCAGAGGUCUGGGGUUGGAUUGCGAAAAAGUGUGUGAAGACUCUGCGAGAAGAGGCAAUCAAAGGACUGAAGAUCAAGCAUCCAUUUUAGCCGGUUGUCUAAUUGGAAUCCUCGAAACUCAUAUAUUGGAAGCGAAUGAAAUGCAAGAACAAUCAGGGGGAUAGGAAGCCGAGGUGGCAAGGUAAAUGAUUGCUGAAUAAUUUUGUCAAGUGAGAACUUGGAAGAAGUUAUAUAGACUAGACUCAGUCUCUGAUCAAUAUGGGUGAAAUUGUUAAAUAUGAGGCUCUGUAUGACUUCCCAAAGGACACAGAGGAGGACUUGCAGCUCUGUGCUGGGGACAUUUUAACUGUCAGGAACCCCCUGAAACUUGAUUACUUCCAAGGAACUAUCGAGAAGCCGGUAGGAUGGCUGACCGGUGUUAAUGAGCGCUCGAAGGAAAGAGGAAGUUUUCCGGGUCCGUUUGUGAAAUACGUUGAUAAGAUUGUUAUACCGGCAAGGCGGCCGCCGGAAAGGCCCGUAUCUUUUGAUAAAGGCGUUGCUAACAACAGUGUUAACCAUAGUAGACCUGAUAACAAGGAACCGGAAUUUGAUGCCCAGUCAGAAAGGCCAUCAAGUCCUGAUCCCUCAGGUUAUGUUACUGUCGGCAAUGAUACUGAACGGCAGAUAAUACAUGAUUUAAAUGAUACGUACUUCAUAUCCCCGAAGCUCUGUUCGUAUUGUAAUGAUUACAUUUGGGGAUGUGGUCUAGUUGGAAAGAGGUGUGAUCGGUGCCAAAAAGUAUUCCACCUCAACUGCUUACCAUAUUGUAAUAAGUGCACAUGUGACCAGAAAAGAGUGUACGAGGAUGUAUCCCAGCCAACAGUCAUAACCGAGUGGACUGUUGAAGAUGUUCUAAAUUGGAUGGCUGCCACAAAUCUUUAUCGGUAUGCUGACCUAUUCAAGACCAAGAAAGUUGAUGGAAAUAUGCUUAAAAAUUUAGACACAAACAUGUUACUAAAAAUGGGGAUUAGUGAUGAGUUCCAUCGCAAAUGUCUACUGAUAACUAGAGAUGAGCUAGUAAAUGGUACUUCAUUAGUCAAACAAACACCUCCUCAACUAGAAGACUCAAGUGAUGUGCACCAUACAGCUGUCGAGCAUACACUAUUGGAGCAUACAUUCUCUAUGAUGGAGUGGUGUGAUAGAUGUCAUAAAUUCAUGUUUGGUCUGAUUCGCCAAGGCUUGCAAUGCUCUGAAUGUGGUCUUGUUUGCCACAGAAGCUGUGCGAUGACCGGUUUGCCUGUGUGUAACGUUUCAUCUACAGUCAGGUUAAGAAGUAAUAGUUUUUCAAAACAGAGCAUAUUCUCCAAAGAUCUCUGUAUGCAGUUUGACCCUGAAACUGAAGAAGCUCCACUUGUUGUAGUCAAAUGUGUACAAGCUAUUGAAGAAAGAGGAUUGACUGCUGAGGGUUUAUACCGGACGUCUUCUCCUACCGGUACCGUAAACCAGGUGAAAAAACAGUUUAAUAGUAGUCCAAGUUCAGUGGAUUUAGACAGUGUACAGGAUAUUCACUGCAUUGCUGGAGUACUGAAGCGUUACCUGCGAGAACUCCCGAAUCCGGUUAUUUCGCAUGACCUGUAUGCAGAUUUUAUUCAAGCUAAUUCUAUACGAAGUGAAGUUGAAAAAGUCGAGAGACUUAAUGAUCUGGUAGAGUCUUUGAGUCCACCACACAAGUCAACACUCAGGUACCUGAUGGCGCACUUCGUCCGCAUCUGUCAGAACACGCAGGUCAACAAGGUCGGACCGCAAAAACUUGCAUCCGUUUUUUGCCACAUAUUGUUACGUCCUCCGAGGGAAGACAUAUUACAAGUUAUUCAUAAUUCUGAAGUACAUCGUAUAAUAAUUUUGUGGUUGAUAGAGAAAUUAGAUUGGGGUGUGAAUCAACAACCGAUGGAAGCAGCACCAACUGUACCGCCUCGUGAGCCUAUCCGCAAGGAUACUGUAGUAUCGAUGGAAGAGAGUGAUUGGUACUGGGGGGAUAUAUCAAGGGAGGAUGCUAAUGAGAAGUUGAAGGACAUGCCUGAUGGUACCUUCUUGGUUCGUGAUGCAUCUACCAAGAUUACUCACGGGGAUUAUACACUCACAUUGAGAAAGGGUGGCAGCAAUAAACUCAUCAAGAUCUUUCAUAAAAAUGGAAUGUAUGGUUUCUCAGAACCGCUGAAGUUUCAUUCGGUACCAGAAUUAAUUAACCACUACCGAACACAUUCCUUAGCCCAGUACAACGCCAACUUAGAUAUUAAGCUUCUUCAGUCUGUCAACAAGUAUGAAACUGAUCAUGAGCUAGAAACAAGCAUUGAUUUUGUGAUUAAUAGGUUACUUGAGAAGAACCAAGAGUAUCUUGCAAAGACUAAACAGUAUGAUCUUUAUUAUGACGAAUAUAGUAAAACUCAACAGGAAAUACAAUUAAAACAACAGGCUUCAGAUGCUUUUAAUGAAACAAUAAAAGUGUUUGAAGAACAGAUGGAACUUCAUCAACAGAAUCAAAAGGAAGCCAACCCAAAGGAUAUACCAGAGUUGCUAAAAAAUUAUGAAUUGCUACAGUCACGCCUGAAUGAAAUACGUGAACAUCAAGCCACCCUCAACCAUGAGCUUCAACAACAAAUAAAUAUAAAUAGGGAACUAGACAGGAAUAUGAAUGGUAUAAAACCAGUAAUUAUGGAGCUCAAAAAGAUUCGAGACCAGUGCAUUAUGUGGCUUGGAAUGAAAGGAAUGAAGCGAGAUGAGAUCAACCGUUGGCUUAGUAUGGAAAAUGUACAGAGUAAUCACAAUCCAAUGCAAUCAGACCUUCCACACCAAGACGAGGCAUUGUGGUUCCUGCCCAACAUUACUCGGGUGGAGGCAGAGCAACUGCUUCGGAGCAAAGCUAAGGGUACAUUCUUGAUACGUAACAGUAGCAAGCCUGGAGAUUAUGCAUGUUCUAUUGUUGCAAAAGAAAGGGAGACGAGGCAUUGUAGGAUAAAUUUCACACCGACUGGAUAUGGCUUCGCUGAGCCUUACAACUUGUACAAGACGCUGAAAGAGCUAGUGCUCGCAUAUCAAGAAAGCUCUUUAGCUCAGCAUAACGAUGAGCUUGAUACGACCUUAGCUUAUCCAGUCCAUGGCCCCCCUCCACCUGAUGAAAACAUGUACACAUAGUAUUUCAUUUACUUGGGAUAUCAACAUGUGUACCAAACUCUGCUCCUAACAUAAUUAAACCACCUUAGCUUUUAAAGUAAGGGUAAAUAAACAUAGUUCAUAUGAUAUUUUACAUAUAUUAUUAUGCACUUGUGUAUUAACAUUCAUACAGAAAUGCAUAAUAUUAUAAUCUUGUGUAUCAAGAAAGCUUUUUUUUACCCAAAUUAUAGAUACCACCUUUAUUUAUCCUUUAUACAUAGAUGCUUAGUAUUAUGAACAAGUUUGUAUUUGUGAGCUUUUAGGAUAUUGUAACAAUACUACCUUCGUGUAUCGGGCAAAAUGGACUUACUCUCUCUCUGUUUCUUGUAUGAAUACCUUCACAUUCUUCAAUGAACAUUAUGCUAAACAGUUGCUUUCAUAAUAUAUAAUUUUAUGCAGUUGUAUAUAUUUUUAAUGCAGUUACAUUUUUUAACUGAAUUACACCCUUUGCAUUAAAUUACUUGAUGCUUAUUGCCAAUAUUUUCUAGCUGUUUUUAAUUUACAAAAAAAAAAUAUAUAAUUAAUAACAAAAUCAACAUCAACUCCAUUAUCGGUGUUGACUAUUUUUCUAAACACUUACUUGGGAUAUACUAAAUGUUAUCAAAACUCGAUAAAGUGGUUACACCCCUAAAAAAACAGUGAAACAGUCAGCUCAUAGCAUCUGGUUCCUCUUGGUUCAAAAUCGGAAGAACAAAAAUUUUAAUUUGCAGGUGAGUGUACAUAUUACAGGCUGUUCCAAUCUGAUUGUUCCAUUGUUUUUCAAGGGGUGUUUUUACUUAAUCAAGUUUUGGCAGUAUUCAGUUUAUUUUGGUAUGGUAUAGAUUUGUAUAAUUUGUUGGUAGGUGUUGUUGAUGUACAAUGUGUUAGCAAUUUAAUAAGCAUAAUUUGGAAUCAAGUCUACUAAAGUUUAUAUUAUUGUUAUUAAACUUCACAUAAAUAUUAAUAAAUUGUUUGAAAAAAUUUGUAAAAAAACCAUCGAUUACUUAAAAAAGGAUAAUUCAUUUGUAAUAAUAGAAAAAAUUAGUUAAGUCAAAUUUGCAUGGGAAAAAUUAAUUAAAAAAAUGGAAUUGUGUUUGUAUAAUAAUCAGUUCGGUGGCUAAAUAUUUGCUUAUGUAAAAUUUAAAAAAAAAUUACAGUUGUCGAUAUUUGAUGAAAUGAUCAUGUGAACCAAGUUGCAUGAUGGGUAUUUUGUCCUCUUUCGUAGACUUAGAUUCCAUCAAAUCAUGAAUCCAUAAUUAUAUAUUCUUCAUAUUUAAGUCAUAUUUUAUGAAUUGUUUUGUCUUCCUUUACAUGUAGGUACAGUAAAAGUUAGUUUGUCUUUGUAUCCUUUUAUUGUAAUCAUUGUUUGUGCAUUUUCUAUUAAGGAUCAUACUAUUUUCGUGAUAUUAAAAUAGUGAUGAGGGUAAGAGA